AUGGCGCGUAAUAAUAAAAACAAGAAGAACCAAAAAAAUAAUAAUACUAAUACUCUGACUAGCACCAUGAAUAAUGCAACAACUAGUGGUAAUGGAUCUGUUGUGAUUGACUCCAAGAUGAUAGCCAAUCUGAAUGCAAUGGCAUCUCAAGAUCCAAAGUUGUAUUCUUUGAUGCAAAAAGUGGUUAAGGGAACUGCAACACCAGAAGAAGUUGAACAAUUUAAAGCUUAUAUUUCCAUGGCACAAGAUAUGGUCUCAGAUGAUACACCAAAGAAUACAUCCAAUUUGACUAAGAUAUCUAACGUUACCUUAACAUUUACUUAUGAUGUGGAUAGAGUGUCUAGAUGUAUGUAUAAGGCUUUUGAAUCUGUACCAGCAAACGAUUUUUUGAUGAAGAAAUUUUUCAAUGUUUCAAUUGAUGAGUAUUGUUCACAGUAUAGAAUUCAUGCUUACAUGCAUUUGAUUAAUGCACAUUUUUAUGAUAACGGUGCAGAAUUCAUUCAAGCCAAUAAUUUCCAUGCUGUUGCCAUAUGGACCGCACCAGAAAUUCUGGUUAAAGUACCACGUACAAAUGAUGAAACUUUUAAUAAAGUGUUCUUUGAUGAUUUAGAAGAGGUUAAGCAAAAAGUCCUACCAAAUGGAAUGAAGUAUUAUUAUUUAUUUUGCAUCGGUAGAGAUCCCGAUGACGUGACUACAAAGGGGUCGGUUAGAUCAAUAUUUGAAUAUUAUAAAGAAAGAGCAGACAGGGAAAAUGUGGCUAUAUGUCUUGAAGCUAUCAGUGAUAAAGCACGUUCGGUUUAUGAAUAUUUUGGCUUUAAAAAUUAUAAAACAUUUAAAUAUGGUGUUGGAGAAGUCGAUUCUAAAGGGCACGUGGAUAAAAAUGGAGAGGGUUUUACAGGUUAUUUAAUGAUUUAUCAUAAGGAUGCUGAAAAAUUAUUUAAUAAAUUAUGA